AUGUGCCUUCGGGAUAAACAACCACCGCUUCAUUCAUCUGCAUUGUCUCCUACAGUUGUGCAUUUUUUGUCAAAAAUAUAUGGUAAUCUAACGACACACCCGGCUGAAUCUUUGGACUGGCUAAAUGUAUUGAUUGCACAAAUAAUGAUGCAAUUUCGGAGCAAUAGAAUGUUUAAAGAGGCAUUGUUAGUUUAUAUGGACGGUAUUUUGAAUGGAAGAAGUAAACCGAGUUUUCUGGGAUAUAUUAAAGUAGUUGGUGUAAAUCUUGGUGAAGAUUUUCCGAUUUGCAGUAAUUGUCGUAUUAUUUCACGUACUGAUAUGUCUAAUUGUCUUGAUGCGGUAAUGGAUGUUAAUUUUAUUGAUGAAAUAACACUUAGUAUUGAGACACAAUUUAUGCUGAAUUAUCCCAAGUAUGAAUUUGCUGUUUUGCCGAUUGCACUUUCACUUUCAAUUAUUCGCUUUUCAGGAACACUUUCUAUUUCUCUUAUCCCAUGUGAAAACCAGUCAGAUAUAACAAAUAUUGCAGCAUUUGUUUUUUCAUUUUCGCCUGAUUUUCGAUUGGAUAUGAAUGUGCAUUCAUUGGUUGGUGCACGCUCAAAAUUACAAGAUAUUCCCAAGAUUUCUCAGUUUCUUGAAUUUCGUAUACGGAAUUGGUUCAUUGAAAAAUGUGUAAAGCCGCAUUUUCAGCGUAUCAAUAUUCCAAAUAUUUGGUCAACAAAAGUAAACCAAACGAACGAAUGCGAACAGAUUUUCGUACAAGCUAUAGAGAAUAUAAAAGAUUCUUUUUCUGAAACGAAUAAAACAACAAAUACAAAAUCAAAAAUACAUAUCGAAAAAAAUUAA